AUUGCUAGCAGCGAAAACUGAUUAAUAUGAGGAUAAUGGAAAACGGUACGAUACUGAUGUUAAAGUCACUGGCGGCUGUGGUGUUGGUAAUGAGUGUUACUGUCACUGUAGCUAAUUUUGUACUGACCAUCAAAGGAGGAAACAAUGUUUUUAGACCGUUUGAUACAAAUAUAUCAACACGUCUGAAUAUUUUAAAUAAGACGGCAAAAGAAAAACAUAAAUACAUUUCUCACUUCAACGUAGAAGGUCUGAAGAACGUCAUAGAAAAUGUUCGUCCUAGCAACAAAGAUAGGAAAGAAGUACAUUCGGGUGGACAUUUCGGAUUAGCAACAAAAGAAAAGUGUCAUAAACGACUACCACAAGUAAUAAUCGCUGGACAAUACAAAUCGGUACUGGGGCAUUAACAGAGUUUUUGAAUGAGCAUCCGCAAAUUUUCGCAUGCCGGGAAAGUGGAGAUAUUCAAUUCUUUAAUAAAUAUUAUAUUUCAAGAGGAUUCCGUUGGUACAGAAAUAUUAUGCCCUGCACGUUUAAAACCCAAAUAACAAUUGAAAAAACAGCGCACUAUUUUUUACAUCCUAAAGCAGGUCUUCGUAUUCAUGACAUGAACCCGAAGUCAAAAAUUAUAAUUAUACUUAAA